CCUAUAAUAAAAAAUGUAGAGGAGAAUUUUAUCUAGAAUCGUAUAGAGCCCAAUUUUUGAUAUCUUUUUUCAAUCGUCCAAUAUUUCACAAUGAAUUUUAUGGUUUUUUUUACUAUUUAUUGUUUUAAUUAUUUCAAUAAUUAAUAAAAAUAUCGAAAAUCAGGCUCUAUACGAUUCUAGAUAAAAUUCUCCUCUACAAAUUUCAUAAUAGGUGUUUUUCACGUAAAACCCUUCAGUAAGCCGUAUUAUUGGAAGUACGAAAACAUGUUUUUACGGCAUAUUUUUCUGGGGUGACACGUCCUCUUAAGACUGGUCAUUGGUUGGUCGUCGGUCGAAUGCGGUGUAGUGGUAUUAUGUUUGGUAUGCCUGCGUCUUAUUACUGAUACCACAGUGUGAUUAUAUUAUCGUCGAAUGAUAGCGAGAAACUGAAGAUAAUCGACUCAUUUCACGAUGAAUCAAGCGGAGGUUUCGCAGUUAAUGUCCAAACUCAGGAUACGCGUCAGUCCUCGCCAUAAGAAUCUAAAGUGUCCCGAAGGACCACAGGGUCGGUUAAAUAAAUUACGUAAAACAGUUAACGCUCUAUUCAAAUACGAACGUUUAGAAUUGAAUUAUACGUUGGCUGACGAGACCAGAGGGUAUGCAGAAAGAUUAAUAUCUGAAGCCAUCAGACAUGGGGACACACACAAACCAACCAUGGAGAUGGCCGACUAUUGGAUAGAAGAAAAACAGUUAAUACACAAAUUGUUCAAAGUAUUGGUUCCCCGGUUUAAUGAUUAUCAGACUUCAUACACAAUGUUAUACCGGGCGCCAAAAGCAUACCCAGAAAUUGUGUAUCCCCGUUCAGUCCUAGAACUUAGAGGUAACCCGUUUCCAGCAAUUCUGCCUCAGCGGUCCGAUCAAAGAAAUUUUAUACACAAUGUGUUAUUGGAUGAAGCGAAAAAGGCAUAUAGGGCUGAGAAAUAUGAAGAAAUAACCAAAUCUCUCGAAGAACAACGGGAAGAAUAAAUCUAUAAUCAUAUUUUGUUUUGUGUAAAUACAGUUGUUAGUUAGAAAUAUUCAAUUAAAAUUGAUGCAUUUUCAUUAUA